AUGAUGGAAAAGUUCACGUGGCUAUUUAUCCUUCUAUCAGCGAUAUCAUCUACGGUACAAUUUAAUCUCGAAACAUGUCGAUAUCCAUUGGGCAUUGAAAAUGGUAAAAUCUUAGAUUCUGCAUUUUCGUCGAGCAGCCAUGCAAGCGAAGAGACUCGAGCAUCGAAAGCCAGAAUUCGAAGUGACAACGAUGGCUGGUGUCCAGAAAAUAAAGUAUCUUCAACAACGAAUGAAUACAUUCAGAUAGAUUUAGUAAAUCUAACUGUUAUCACAUUAGUUGAAUUGCAAGGGAAGUUUAGCCAAAAAUCGAAUGAACAUUAUGCUGAUGCAUUCCGAGUUGAAUACAGACGUAAUAGUGAACAACAAUGGAUUCGGUAUAAAGACUUCUCCGAACAAUAUGUGCUAAGUGGAAAUUCGAAUAGUUAUAUUCCAACGAUUCGCGAUAUUCUUCCUGCUAUUAUUGCUCGACAAAUUCGUAUCAUACCGAUGGUCAACGGGUUACAACCACGAUACAUUUGUAUGCGAUUAGAACUCUACGGUUGUGUAUAUGAAGAUGGAUUAAUGUCAUAUUCAAUACCACAAGGUGAUAAACGUGGUUUCAGCGCCCAGUUUUUCGAUGAAACAUAUGAUGGAGAAAACGACAAUGGAACGUUGAAAGAUGGUCUCGGACAAUUGACCGAUGGUAUUUUCGCUCAUGAUGAUUAUCAUUUAGCUGAUCUGAUUCAGGGUCAAGAUCAAAGUGGUUGUGAUUGGAUUGGCUGGAAACGCAAAUCUCCGGCGAUGUCUAACAUAAAACUUACUUUUCAUUUCGAUACAAUUCGAAACUUUUCAGCUAUGCGUAUUCAUACGUCCAAUCUUUUCACUCAUGAUAUAUAUCAAUUUUAUUCCAUCACAGUAACAUACUGCGAUGAUAUGAAUUAUCAUCAAAUGUAUUUCGUUAUACCAAAUGAUUAUAUCAAUACAAGUGCGCGAUUUAUUCAAGUUUCGUUCGCCGAGGAAAAAGAUGUUCUCAGCGAUUGUUUAAACAUCAUAUUAACAUUCAAUAGUCGAAGCAAAUGGAUAUUAAUUAGUGAAGUUCAGUUUGAUUCAGUACCGAUCUAUUUCAAUCAAACGGAGACGAUCAUAGACAUUGUUCAUCCGAAACCGAUUCCCAUAGACGAGAAAGUGACGAUUAUUCAUUAUUGGCAUUGGCUCUUUCUGGCAUUUACUCUAUUAAUUCUUCUUAUUAUUACAUUAGUUUGCGUAUACAUUCAUUGGAUGCAUGCCUAUCGGCAUCAUUGGAAACUGUCCAACAUAACAAAAUUUCAUUCAAAGUACCGAACAAUGCCACCGAUUGGUUGCUGUAUUAGUAACACGACUCCAUCAUGCGCAUCGACUAUUUCGAACAAUGAUAUUUGUCAACAAUUGAUUGUCUCAACGCCGGAAUCAGCACGAAGUAUGCAGAGUUCCGUAUGCAGUCCAAUGACAAUGUCAUCGAUUUAUCAAUCCAAUAUCGAUUCGUAUUUGACUGCCAUAUCGACUGAUGCAGCAAUGACGACACCAAAUCCCUAUUUUACGAUUGAAAUGUAUACGAAUGUCGCAUCCGAUUCAGCAAAUAACACACAUAUGCUACCAAAGAGUAUUCAAGGACCAUGUGGCAAUAGUACUUAUGAAUGUUUGUCAUCAGUGAACGACUUUUCAUCAACAUCAAUAAUUCCAUAUGUUAAUGAAGAACAAGUGAUUGUCGAGCAAAUUUAUUCUCCAAUCAAUGGAUCAUUUGGAUCUAUUUUCCGCGGUUAUCUUUCUGCUCAACAUUCAAACGAUAAUACACUGAAAGCAAUCUUGAUUAAAAUCUUGACCACAGAUAAAAGCGACGAAAAAAUACUUUUCGAUCAAGAACAUGAACUACUCAGUUCUCUUCAUCAUCCGAAUCUAGUUCAAUUCUACGGUUAUACAACUGAACAAAAUUAUGCAAUUAUUGAGCAUAGUGAUCUGGGCGAUUUGUACACUUACCUGUUCACAUCACACGAUAUUUCGAAAAAUAUUCGUUUGUAUAUCAUAACACAACUAUCGAAUGCACUUUGUUAUUUGGAAUCUAAUCGAAUCAUUCAUCGUGACAUAGCCACACGGAAUUGUUUGAUUUAUGCAAAUUUCGAAAUUAAAUUAACCAACACAGCUAUUGUAUCGGAACAAUUCCAAUCGCAUUAUUAUAGAAUCAAUCAGAUCUUAUUGCCCAUUCGAUGGAUGCCACCUGAAUGCAUUCUUCAUAAUCAAUUUACAUCACAAUCGGAUAUCUGGUCGUUUGGUAUUACACUUUGGGAAGUGAUGAGUAAUUGUUCAAGUUUGCCGUAUAGUCUACUGAACGAUGAAGAAGUUUAUCAGCGAUUGAAAACUUGUCAUGGAUUGCAAUUAUCGAAACCGGAAUGUUUAAGCAAAGAAUUGAUUGAUUUGAUGCUAGAAUGCUGGCGUCCUUGGAAUGAACGACCAACAUUUCAAGAGAUUUAUAACUUUUUCAAUAAACGUCUCUACGGGAUGAAUAUUAGCUGA